UGUGUUGUAUAUCAUUCAUGGUUUUCCCAUCUUUGUUCCACAGUUUGAGAAAAAACUAAAAAGACAUGGGAAAGGACAAGGACAAGCAUAAGCCUGGUCAUGAUGACAAGGGUCUCUUUUCACACCUUGCUCAUGGUCUCGGUCAAGGUCAAGGUCAUGGUCAUGGUCACGGAGGAUACCCCCCUCAAGGCAAUCCACCAACCGGUUAUCCUGGCGCACCUCAUGGCGCAUCCCAUUCAGGGCACGGUGGCUUAGGGGGAAUGAUUGCCGGCGGUGCUUCAGCUGCAAUGGGGGCUCACCACUUGGCCCACGGUUCUCAUGGUGGCGGCCAUGGGGGCUCACCACUUGGCCCACGGUUCUCAUGGUGGCGGCCAUUUUGCACAUCACGGAAAGUUCAAACAUCAUGGUGGGAAAUUCAAGCACGGGAAGUUUAAGCAUGGAGGAGGCAA